GUGGGAAUUUCCUUAAUUUUUCUCCAUAUAGAUUUUUCUGCAACUCUUGAAUGAGGUUGUUCUCAAGACCCCUUCAACAGUUGGUGGUACAGAGGUUCAGAGUACUGUAGGUAAAUUGCUACACGUUGAAAGGAGGGCAGGGGAUCCUUCAGCUGUGGCUGGGGCUUCUAUUUUGGCAUCACUUUCAAGCCUGCGGCAAGAUUUAUCACGUUUGAAGCCUACUUCUCAAGCCAGUGGUAAAACACAUCAGGGGGCUGAGCUACCGCCCCUUCCGGUUGUUCAUGACAGUAUGGAUGUUGACCUUGAUGGCCUGGAAGUCAAUUCAGCAACAAAUACGGGGAGUGAUAAAGCUGCUGACAUUGGAGCGACCAGCAAGAUCCUUGCUCUUGAUGGCAACCUGGACUCUAGCAUAGAGGCAGGCAAUGUAUUUGAAGAAAGAAAUGAGUGGACGAGGGAUUCACUGCUGGCAUCAACAUCGGGUAUGUCUCUGAGGUGCGCAGCAUUUAAAGAAGACAUUCAUGCGGGGAUUCUUGAUGGCAAAGACAUAGAUGUUUCAUUUGACGAUUUCCCGUAUUAUUUAAGGUAUGAAUGUUUCAUUUUAUGGUAUGCUAUUGUUAUUUUCCAUGUAUGAAUGUUUCAUUUUAAG